CGUGAUGGCGUCUGUGGAUGUGUCAAGGGUCAUGAAGGAGGUGGACAUACAAACUCUACAAGAUGUCAUGGAGAAUCUGACGUAUUGCGAUAUUGAGGCCGAGGAUCUGCGUCUCGAUCCCACUUAUAUUAAGCUUUUCCAGCUAUCCCAAUUGACAAUUGAGUAUCUGCUGCAUUCUCAGGAUUACUUGCUGGACCAUCGAAAAGUGUUGACUGAUCAGGUGGAGGAGCUGAGAGAGCGGCUCGCGGGGUUGACAAAGGAGUGCGAAAGCCAGAAAUCUGAAUUAGGAGGAAUGAAAAAGGAGACGAGGAUCUUGAGAAAGAGUUUGUAUGCCUAUCAGCUCAUGACAAAGAUGCCUGGGGUGGGCAGCGGUGUUGCGGGACACAUCAACAAUGCCACGACGACAACAACAACAUAUCACCGCUGCCCAAUAUGUCCCAAAAUCUUUAUUUCAACUGUCUACCUGGACAGCCACAUGCAAAGACGGCAUCCCACCUCCCCAGGCGCGAUCCCCGUCAAGGACAGCGACGCAGUGUCUCACCCCAAACGAGAGAAACAAGAAGAUCCGACGCCUCCUCUUGCGGAAAAGAUUGUGGAGGGAAUGGAACGCGUUACGGCUCGGAUGGCUGAAGUGGAGCGACAGUUGAGAAGGGAGAUGGAAGGGCGAUUGGAGAAGGAGAUAAAAGAACGAGAGGCAACGCUAUCCCAAACCCUAAAUCACCAGAAACUAGCAUACGAACGUGAAAUCCAGGAUUUGAAAACGACUUUACAUCAAGAACUUGACCAAGAGCGUAAAGCCCUCCUUGAAGAGCGUCAAGAACUUGAAGCCAUCAAAGCACGACUUCAACAGGAAAAGCGUCCAUCAACUUUUGGUACCCUUGAGGACGAAGAAGAGCCGCCACGUCCUAACACCCAAUCUCUUGAACCAAUACAAAAAGAGAUUCAAAAGUUGCGUGCAGCGUUUGAUUCCCAGCCUCGAUCCGAUCCAGCGACCCAGAUUGAGCGACUAGAAGCGCUGGUGAGGGGUCUGACAGAAGAAUGGAUGAAAAGAGGCGAUGGCCGCUUGGAGGAGCUAAAGGAUUCUAUAGAAGUAAUCAAGGCGAGCAUUGCACAUCCACCACAGCCAGCUCAACAACCAGCACACGCACCCGUAGAACCAUCUCAAAGCAAGCCCACUACGCCAUCGCCAUCACCAACCAGACGAGAAAAAAGCGCGCCAACUACACCAGUUUCUCGAUCGCCUCGCAAGAAGAAACCACUUUUGAGGGUUGGUGAACCACUAACUUGGGACCUGGCCGUAGAGCUCAUGAAGGAACAUAAAGAAACACCCCUACCUACCUCCCCACAUGUCAAAACCCUGUACCCGCACACCGCCGCCCAAUUCACUCAUCCCAAGUCCCAGAUCCAGCAUACCCUCACCCAAACUCUCCACAAACGUUCCAUUUCACCCACAAGAUUUAUCAAAAGAUACAAAAAGGACACGCACGCAACGCAAGAUUUUAUACACGGGGUCCAAUCCUUUGAAAAGGCCAUCCAGGAGAAGGUUGAGGAUGAUGCAUUGUACGGACAGAUGAGGGAAUAUGUUGACAGGGUUGUGGAGGGCGUCGUAGAGGCCGAGAGAAUUAAAAUGAAUGUACGCCCCCCACGUAUCCAGACGGACGUGAAGGAAAUCAAAAAGAAGCGAAGCCGACAUACUAGAUCCAUCUCGUUGCCUGCGGGCACCCCCACGUUGGGUGGAUGGAAGUUUCCGUCUUUGAAACGGGAGAAGCACGACAGUGCUGCACGUUGGGACGACGAUUCGAGUGAGUUUUCUGGCUCCGAGAGUUCAAUGUCGGCUUCUCCAACUCGAGAACGGCGUCGGCCCGGUUCACCCCUCCGCAGCGCAUCCGUACGAAGCAUGCCCCUCCUCCGCCCCGUCUCCAUACCCCCUUCGCCGAAUAAACUCAAAGAAGGAUUCGCAAAACUCACGAGAGCGCUUUCGUUUACGAGAAAACGCGAGCCUAGUUUGUGGUCUUCCAGAAGAUUGAGUUUGGAUCGGAGACAGAGCUUCGAAGGUGGGCGGGAUCGGAGACUGUCGGUGGAACCCAGGCGAGACAGGGCCGGGAGUUUGGCUAGAAAUCAAGAACGUGCAGGGAAGGAACCGUGGCAAAUGCCAGGAGAGCGGUCUCGGUCGUUGAGUAAUCCGUCAUCACCUAAACGCCAGGAGCGAAACCGGGAGAUGACGAGGGACAGAUCAAAUUCAUUCAAUCGUCUGCCGACCAAACCUGCCACACCUAAAUCACCUAGCCGGCUCUUCCCCAAACACACUCACUCUCCGCAAACAAGCAACGCAACCAGUCCAACAAUUUCUUCCCCAGCUUCCACUCCCCCUCGCCCAACCCAAACCCAUAUUCCCCUGAACGACCUCCAAACACGUCUGCAAAAGCACACACAACAAGCCUCAUCAACAGAUGACUCCCUCUCAUCUGCAUCCGAGGACGAUGGACAGCAGUUUGCCAACACUCGGACCGUUGAUCCCAUUCAGGAAGAAUCUGAGUUUUCGACGUCGUCUGCUUCGAUGGAGGCGGUUAUAAAACCCCAUACACGCCCGGCACCAAAUCCAGUACAGAAACCGAUAUCAGCACCUACAACGCCAAAGGCUCCACCGGUGAAAGCACCGUCGCCGCCAUCACCACCCUUUUCCGUCACCUCCCCAUCCAUGUCGUUGUCCCCUGAACCCAGCGUCGCAUCGGAGAAGGAUGUACCUCCGCCCCGUGUUGGUGGCAAAAACGAAGUAACCCCCGUCGAAAACUUUUCUGACAUGUCGGACGACGAAGACAUUGAAAAGAUUCCGGCGUGGAAUGCAAAAUCUUAUUCUGCUCUUCCAAAACCCAAACAACCCCUGUCAGACGACUUUGAUUUGAGUUGGGACGACUGAGCCCGCUUGUAGUUCUUUUCUGUACCGUUAAUAGAUGUGGAAUGUUUG